UUGUGUUUAUUUUGUCUAUCAUUGUUUUUGUAUACGGGGACCCCGGGAAGGCGCCGCUGGUGCAGCUGAACGAUGGACACAUGAUGCCCGCGGUCGCGUUGGGGACCUGGCUGGGAAACAGCUCCACGGGUCGAAUCGCCCCAGUUGGAUACGAGACAGAGCAAGCCGUGCUGUGGGCCUUAGAAGCAGGCUACAGACACGUCGACACCGCCUGGUCUUACCAUGUGGAAGACCAGGUCGGCCGGCCAGUGAAGACCGUGGUGGACGCCUAUAACCUGCUGCAUGAGAUCACCACCACUCCCAAGAUAUGUGACGCCGCGUGCUACGUGAAAAGGUUCAAAAAGAAAACAGAAAGAUCUAGCAUCAGCAUGGUUCUUCCUAUGUCGCGAGAGGAAAUAUUCGUCACAACCAAGCUGUGGAACGAUGCGCACGCGCGCUCAGCGGUGGUGCCCGCGCUCAGAGCGUCGCUCGCGCAACUACAGCUCAGCUACGUCGAUCUUUACCUCAUGCAUUGGCCAUUAGGACAGUUUGAAAACGGAUCGUACGACUCCACCCACUAUCUGGAAACCUGGCGCGGCAUGAUGGACGCGCAGGCGCUCAACCUGACCCGGUCCAUCGGUGUCAGCAAUUUCAACAAAGUCAUGCUGGAGAGCAUCCGAGCGCACCAGCUGACGAAGCCAGCUGUACUGCAGAUUGAGUGGAAUAUUAACCUGCAGCAACCCGGGCUGCUCGCUUACUGCCGUCAGCACAACAUCUCGGUGAUGGGCUACACGCCGUUCGGCGCUCUCAUGGACAAGCGGCGCGCCGACUCGCCCACUCGCAUCGACGAUCCACAGCUGACCAAAAUGGCUGCCAAGUAUGGGAAGAAUGUGCAGCAGAUAUUGCUGCGAUACGCUGUCGAAAUGGGAGUAAUCCCGAUCCCGAAGUCCAUAACCAGCACUCGAAUUUUCGAGAACAUCGAGAUUUUCGACUUCCAGCUCGAUGAGAGUGAGAAAUGGACGCUCCGCAACUUCGACCGGGGCUACAGAACCAUCCCCCAGCUCAAGUGGAGUGACCACCCCUUCUACCCCUUUGAGAAAAUGCCGGAAUACACCACCACCACCACCACCGCCGCCGCUAGUACAAGUACUGUAAACACGGAGAAAAGUACGCAACAAGUGAUUUCUGAGGUGGAUGUGAACGAUAAAUCUGCUAGAAUGAAUUUUAGGGAUAUAAAGAUAUAAUACAAUAGAAAUUGCGUCAUUAUU